UGGAAAACCCGGCAAGAUCCUCGAGGACGCAGCUUUGUCGAAUGUCUUGAGCAAGACGAUAUUUGCUGUCCAAUCCGCACACCUCUCAGCUCCCGAACAGUGCCCACGAGAAGUAUUGCGUUCGCCAAGAGACAAAACCUCGACCGCACUUCCACGUCGGGAUCCCGAGAAACUCGAGUCGGUCUAAUUGAGCAAAAUCACAAGCUUCGCGCCCAGGGCCACUUCUCAUGACCUAGGAAAUAUACUGGAAGAGCCACUCGAUCUUAUUCUGACCGCAACUGUUUUGGUUGCGGUCCGGGCUUGGGAAUAGUGGUGUCGACAACGAACACGUCCUGACCAUAACCAGUCACACGAACACUCUCAACCCGUCUUUAUUCGAGAAAUUGAAGCCACCAGAAAUUACCACUAACGGCAACGAGUAUGGCAUCGACUACGAUGUCAAAGAAAGCCAAAGGGAAAAAAAUGGCUGAUCCAAAUGAAACAUCCAAGCUUCUCGCCGCCAAGAUCUCUCAAUUGGAGCAAGAUGCCGCAGGAGAAAAGGACCAAGAAGCUGAAAUCGAACGAGAGGUGAAAAAGGCUACCAGAGACCUGAACCAACUUUUGAACAACAUCGAAUCGCCCAUGACUCGUCUCGAGACGGUUCACAAGAAAUAUACCGAAUUACUAGCGGAUAUGAAAAAAUUGGACCGUGACUAUUCGAAGAGCAAAAAGCGAGCCGAUCAGUUGCAGAAAGAUCAGGAUAAGGGCAAAUCUGAAUUGAGCAAAACGCUUACGAUGAAGGAUAAGCUGGAAAAACUGUGUCGAGAACUCACCAAGGAAAACAAGAAAGUCAAGGAUGAGAACAAGAAACUCGAGGAAAAUGAAAGAAGGGCUCGACUGAUUGUCAACGAACGCUUAAGCUCUCUUCUUUACGACGUGCAAGAUGUUGUCGUUACGUCGCAAGAGACCCGAAAGUACGCCAAAUUGGAGGUCGAGUUGGACGAGGCUCUUCGAGCAAAGAUCAAGACCAUUUCAGAAAAAUUUGAGUUGCGUGAGCUUCAUUUCAAAAGUCUGUUGCGAAACAAAGAUGCGGAGAUUCAGAGUCUUACCGCAAGAUACGAGGAAAGGAAGCGGGCUGCAGAGACUGAGUCUACCAAAAACAACGCUCUCAAUUCUCAGGUUUCCACUUUUCAUCAAACUGAAACCGAGCUUCGCAGUCAACUCAACAUCUAUGUUGAAAAAUUCAAACAGGUUGAAGAUACAUUGAAUAAUAGCAACGAGUUGUUCCUCACCUUUCGAAAGGAGAUGGAGGAGAUGUCGAAGAAAACCAAACGUCUUGAAAAAGAAAACCUUACACUGACUCGCAAGCACGACCAAACCAAUCGCAAUAUAUUGGAGAUGGCAGAAGAACGGAAUAGAAACCAGCAAGAACUAGAAAAGACUCAGAAGAAAUGCCGCCAUCUGGAGGAACUCUGCCGUCGUAUGCAAGAACAAGGAAGAGGACACGGCGUUGGCGGUGGGGAUUCUAAUCACAUCGGCGAACAAGCUCUGACUGGCGACCUGGAAGGUGACGAAGAAGGCACGCAGAGCGACUAUGACGAUGAUGACUAUGAGGACGAAGACGACGAAGAUGAUGGUGUCAUUAGCGACGACGAGGAGUACGAAGCCAUCCGCGAACGUUUCCCCGAACAGGUUAUCGAAAAGCCAGUAUUCGGUCCACCGCCGCCCCCUGCAUUGGCUGAAGCGCGAACAAAUGGCAACAACGCUGUAGUGAAUGGUAUUACAAUGUAGUUCUCGGACAGAAUAUGGAUUCGAAGUGUUUUUGGUUUAUUCUGGAUUCAUGUCUAUCUGUUGGCAGUUCAAUCUUUCCUCUGGCAACUGUGCGUACUUGCGCUUUCGUUACUUGAGAUCAGAUCAAGACAAGGGAUUGAUAGACUAAGCUACUUGGUGGUGUCAAUUGAUAUUGUUAUAUACGUCACACGAGUCAGUCUCGGGUUGCAGUCCACACGUGAACUGGUAGUUAGGGUACCCGGGCUACUUCUGACAAUAGAAUGUACUGUAUGUUAUAUACAUCUGGAGACUUGUAGCAGCUGUUUAUAUUCAAUGUUAAGAGGAC